GAGAGAAGAGGUGCAGUCGCACAUGGUCCACCGUCUGGAGCGCAACACAUCCUGGGAAUCUUUAGUAGAUGCGAUAUUUGACUUUGCAGUCCUUGGUCCUCCUUCCAACUGUGUUUUGUGACGGUCAACCCCAAUUGGCAGAGUUCUAUCUUGGGAGGAUCGCUGCACGGCUGCAUUCAUUUUUUUAAUUUCGUAGUUAAAGUUCACUUUUUUGGCUGGCGGAGAAUCAGCGACGACAUGACAGCCGAGAAGAGCGGGCCGGUGAUAAACGGUAAACCGGAGGACGGUAAGGAGACGGACGGGUCCAGCUCCAGCCUGGACCGCAAGGAGUACUAUGAGAGAGGCCAGUGGAACAACAAGAUCGAGUUCGUGCUGUCGGUGGCCGGCGAGAUCAUCGGGCUCGGCAACGUCUGGAGGUUUCCGUACCUCUGCUAUAAGAAUGGAGGAGGUGCUUUCUUUGUUCCGUACGUCAUCUUCUUCGUGUGCUGCGGGAUCCCCGUCUUUUUCCUGGAGACCGCCCUCGGCCAGUUCACCAGCGAGGGAGGCAUCACCUGCUGGAGGAAAGUCUGCCCCCUGUUUGAAGGCAUCGGCUACGCGACCCAGGUGAUCGAAGCUCAUCUAAACGUCUACUAUGUAGUCAUCCUCGCCUGGGCCAUCUUCUACCUCUUUAACUGCUUCACCACAGAGCUGCCGUGGGCUGGCUGUGGCCACUACUGGAACACUGAGAACUGUGUUGACUUCUAUGGAGAGAAUGCCACCAACAUUACCAAUCCCAAUGCAACAUCUCCUGUUAUUGAAUUCUGGGAACGGCGAGUAUUGAAGAUAUCGGAUGGUAUCGAACACAUGGGUGGGAUGCGCUGGGAGCUGGCUAUGUGUUUGGCCCUGGCCUGGUUUAUCUGCUACUUCUGCAUCUGGAAGGGACCUAAGUCGACCGGCAAGGUUGUGUACGUGACCGCAACAUUCCCUUACUUCAUGUUGCUGAUUCUUCUGAUCAGAGGAGUAACGUUGCCUGGAGCGUAUGAUGGCAUCAAGUUUUACCUAUACCCAGACAUCUCGCGUCUCUCCGAUCCUCAGGUAUGGGUCGAUGCAGGAACCCAGAUCUUCUUCUCCUACGCCAUCUGCUUGGGCUGUCUCACUGCUCUUGGCAGUUAUAACGCCUACAACAACAACUGCUACAGGGACUGCCUCAUGCUGUGCUGUCUGAACAGUGGCACCAGCUUCGUGGCUGGUUUCGCCAUUUUCUCCGUGCUGGGAUUCAUGGCCUACGAACAGAAUGUUCCCAUCGAGGCCGUGGCAGAAUCUGGCCCUGGUCUUGCAUUCAUUGCAUACCCAAAAGCUGUGACCAUGAUGCCCCUCUCCCCACUCUGGGCCUGUCUCUUCUUCAUGAUGCUCAUCUUUCUUGGACUGGACAGCCAGUUUGUGUGUGUAGAAAGCUUAGUGACGGCCGUGGUGGACAUGUACCCAGAGACCUUCAGGAGAGGCUACCGCAGAGAACUGCUGAUUCUCGGCAUGUCUAUAGUAUCUUUCCUCAUAGGACUCAUCAUGUGUACAGAGGGCGGGAUGUACGUCUUUCAGCUCUUCGACUCGUACGCCGCCAGCGGCAUGUGCUUGCUGUUUGUGGCCAUCUUCGAGUCCAUAUGCAUCGGAUGGGUGUAUGGCAGUGACAGAUUCUACUCCAACAUCGAGGACAUGAUUGGCUACAAGCCGGUCUUCUUCAUCAAAUGGUGCUGGAUGAUCUUGACCCCGGGCAUCUGUGCUGGUAUUUUCCUGUUCUUCCUGAUCAAAUACAAGCCGCUAAAGUACAACAACGUGUACACCUACCCUGACUGGGGCUACGGUAUCGGCUGGUUCAUGGCCAUGUCGUCCAUGGUGUGCAUCCCUCUGGGGAUGAUCUGGAUGAUCUGGAAGACUCCCGGCACAUUCUCGGAGAGAAUGAAAAAGCUGACAACACCCAGUCCGGACCUCAAGAUGCGAGGGAAGCUCACCGCCCUCAGUCCGUACGCCGCCAAUGACGCCAAACUCAAGGCCGAUGGGAAAAUAUCCACCGUCUCGGAGAAGGAAACACAUUUCUAACUGACUCGUCUGACUGACCGCGACGUCUGCCUCAAUCCUAUAUUCAACCCUUAAGAAACACGACAAAGCUGCCAUUACUGAAACACAUAAUUCAAAGGGUUGUUUUGAUUUUGUAAAAAGAAAAAAAAAAAAUGUGACCACAAAAUAUGUAGUCUUGCUUUUUGUUUUUGCACAAUUUUUGAUAACACGUGUGUUGGUUCUUUUUUUUUUUUUCUUAACUCUGUCACUAAAGCAGACUGUCUAUUGCUAACCAUGUAAUAGUUGCAAGUCUAUUGGAUGAGGUUGAGAUGAUGUUGUCAGUAGUGACUGUGCCUUUUAGAAGCAACACUGUUGUGUUGCAAAAAAGGCUGGCAGCGUCUUUGUAAAUUGCAGUGCAACCUCCCUGUUAGGUAGCAGGUCCCCACAAUGUCUAAACUGUAGCAGCUGUGUGAUAGAGGAUACUGCCAUUUGACCAUAGGAGGGCAGCAGUAAAACACUGUUUAUCAUUUCAA